AUGGCGCACCGCGCAUCGAUCGUCGACCCCACUGGUGGUUGGUUUAGGUACCUCAAAUUGAGUCCCAGUGGAAGGAGUUAUCUCAUCAUGGCUUACGACGAGCAUGUCACAUAUGAAGCCGUUCAAAUUGGGCUACGCCGCGAGUUCGAACAUGAAGGCGAGCCUCUUGACGGCAAGAAGGCUCGCCUGUUUUUCGUCCAGCUCCCCAGCCGCCACUAUGCUUUGUUGGUCAAGGCUCACGACCCGCGUUCCGAGGCCGAGGGGAAAUUCCACAGGCUGAUCUUGACCGAGAAUACCUUCUUCACGUUCACUGAGGGUCGGGCCACCGUGCAAUGGCUGCAGGGCAAAAUUUUAUUCACAGUCCAGUUCAACAGCAGCGAUGCUCUGUGGACUCUGAUCAGAUGCGUGCACCAAGCCCGCCAUACCGCCGUCGACAACCUUGGUAUGGACACUAUCGAGGAAGAAGUCGAUGCUCUCGAAGCUAGACUGAAACAUCUGGAGGAGAUCGCUUUCGCUUCUACCUUAGAAGCCAUGACGUCGGACCUCGAUCAUUCAUAA